UGUUGGCUUUUGGGUGAGAGGCCAGGGCCAUACAGAAAGGUCACCUGAUGCCCGGUGCAGAGGGCCAGACUGGGCCGAGCGCUGGCCGUGGCUCCACUUCCUUCUGCCAUCAUCGCCGCAAGAAGCAGCUGUCCCUUGUCUUUGCCUCCCAGCUGUCCUGGCCCAUGGAGUGGCUCCGGGGUCCCUGGCGGCACUGUCUCUCCGGGCUGCUCUUACAGCUGCUCUUGUCCAUCUGCUUCUUCUCUUACCUGAGGGUGACCUGGGACCCUCCCACGGGGUCCCCUACACCCGCGCCCAGCUCGGAAGACGUGGUCCCCACAACUCCCCAGAGGACCCCAGGGCUGGCUUCCACCACGCAGCCCCCCGCACCCCGGGGCCUGCUCAUCCUGCUGUGGACCUGGCCAUUCGGCCAGCCAGUGGCUCUGUCCCGCUGCUCGGAGAUGCGGCCGGGCACAGCCGAUUGCCGCAUCACCGCCAACCGCAGUGUGUACCCCCAGGCCGAUGCGGUCAUCGUCCACCACCGGGACAUCAGUUUCAAACCCAAGAGGCAGCUGCCACCUUCGCCUCGGCCACCGGGCCAGCGCUGGGUGUGGUUCAGCUUGGAGUCCCCCAGCCACUGCAGGCAGCUGGAGGCCCUGGAUGGCUACUUCAACCUCACCAUGUCCUACCGCAGGGACUCGGACAUCUUCACGCCCUACGGCUGGCUGGAGCCCCGGGACGCCCAGCUCCCCGCCCCGCCCCUCAACCUCACGGCCAAGACCAAGCUGGUGGCCUGGGUUGUGUCCAACUGGAAGGAGAACUCGGCCCGGGUGGGGUACUACAACCAGCUGCGCCUGCACCUCCCGGUGGACGUGUACGGCAGGGGCCACCUGCCCCUGCCCCGCCAGGACAUGCAGGAGCGCCUGGCCCGCUACAAGUUCUACCUGGCCUUCGAGAACUCGCAGCACCCCGACUACAUCACCGAGAAGCUGUGGAACAAUGCUCUGGGGGCGCCCGCCGUGCCCGUGGUCCUGGGCCCCAGCCGCACAGACUACGAGCGCGUCCUGCCGCCUGACGCCUUCAUCCACGUGGACGACUUCCCGAGCCCCCGAGCCCUGGCACAGCACCUGCUGGCCCUGGACCAGGACGAUGCCCAAUACCUGCGCCACUUCCGCUGGCGGGACAUGCUGCAGGUGGGCAUCGGAAACUGGACCCUGGCUUUCUGCAAGGCCUGCUGGCGGUUGCAGGAGGGGCCCAGGUACCAGACAGUGGCCAGCAUUGCAGCCUGGUUCAAGUGAAUCGACCGGCUGGCCUGGCCUCCCCAGUGGAGCUCCCCUCUUGGGAUUCACCUUAUGAGUGGUGCAAUUUGAGGGGGCCUUAAAACUUAAGGAGGGGUAUUUUAGUUUUCUGUUUGUUUCUUUUUGUCUUAUUGAGCCAGGGCCUCCCCAAGCAGUUAAGGCUGUCCAUGAGCUCACUUUGUAGCCCAGGCUGGUGCAGAAUUCUCAGCAAUCCUCCUGCCUCAGCCUCCUGAGUCCUGGGAUUACAGGCUUGUGCUACCACGUCUGGCUUCUUUUUUUGUACCUGGGAUUCAACUCACAACCCCGGGCUUGGCAGGUAGGCACUUGUUCUCCUGAGCCAAGUCCCCAGACCCUCUUUAAGGGGGUUUUAACUGUGUGGUGUCACCUAUCUGGAGUCCCAUCUGCCUUGGUCCCACUAGCAGGAGGAAAUCUCCUGCGAGGCUCUCACUUGCUGUGAUCACCCUGAGGGGAUCUCAGCUGUCUGGUUUCUCAAUUCCUGGGUCCAGCCUGCAGGAGCCUCCCCUGCUGGGGACCCUGGCUGUGGUGGCCAGGCAGCCGGGGACCUCACCCAUCAGACCCACCAGUGACAGCUGCUCUGGCCGUUUUUUCCCCGAUGGUGUUUCCUGCCCGUGGGCCCCGCAGACAGGCCCUGCUGUCCUUAUUUCCCCAGUGGCUGUGACGGAAGGAAAAGGCUGUGUGUCCUUCUUGUUCUAGAAUAACAGCUCUGACCACGGCGUGCUUUGGGCCAUAACCAGGGUCACGUGGUGACAUCCAGAGAUAGCUGUGAUUUUCACAUAUGGGGGAAAAGGGAAGGAUGUCAUCUAGUACAGUGCUGAUUGCUGUUUGUGGCCUCAUAAGAACCAGGCCACACAGCAGGUGUGAGGGGUGGCAGAGCAGUGGGGGAGGCUUCCUCUGUAUUUCCAGCCUCUCCCCACCACUCACCACCACCUGAGCUCUGCCACCUGUCAGACCAGAGAGCACUGGAUUCUCCCAGCAGCACAAAGCCCACUGCGACCUGCACACAUGCAGGACUGACACUGAGUGACUUACAAGAAUCUGGCUGAUGACCUGAGGUGGAGCUGAGGCGGUGAUGCUAGCCAUGGGGAGGUGCUGCAAAUGCAGAUUCACAUUAGCAGAGGUUGGACUGCCCAGAGACCACAAAUCAACUGUUCCCACACUCAUGUGCAAACCCUCUCAGGGAGCGGCAAGUGACAUCCAGCUGCCACUGGUGGCAGGCUUCACAGUGCCAACUGAGUUGAUGUAACUUAGUGGUGUAGCUUUAUCUGGUGGCAGGCUUUAAGUCAGAGUCUGACAAUGGUUUAGCCUGGAUGCAGCCCUCUGAGGGCACUGACCUUCUCAUCUGCAUUUCUUUCUUGGACUGAGUUCUCGUCCCAGUCCCAGUUUCUGUGAGGUUACAGGCCAAUCCCAGCCAAAAUAACUUACAGGCAAAUGUCACUGGAAGGCUUCUUUAAAAAUAGGCAAGGACCCAAAGACGAGCCAACAAAAGACUCUUCAGAGUGCCAAUGAAAGGAAGGUGCAAUUAAAACAAAUUAGGGACAGGGCUGGAGAUUUAGUUCAGGGGCAUAAGUGCCUGCCUUGCAAGGGUGUGGUCGUGAGUUUGUUCCCUGGUACCGAGAAAUAGAAACAGACAAAAAAAAUUAAAAAGAAAAGAAAGUAGCAAGAGCCCCCCCCCAUCGUACUGGCUCACGGCAGGAAGAGAUGUACGUGUGCCACGUGGCCUUGUAGAGUGAGUAUAACCAGUUAUCCAGCAAAGCCAGGACACCUUCCAGACUGCUCUGCCACCUGGGAGCCAAAGACCUGAUUUACAAGAAAACCCUUCAGAGUUUUUCACAAGGAGAAAACAAAGCACCGAUGGCCUUAUGGUCGGCCACCAUUUCAUCCAGCGGGUCUGCCUAUGGACCAGCGUCCUUCUCGGUGCCCAGCCAUGUGGGUAAAGCUACAGAGCCCUUUAGAUCCAAAAGUGCCCACCCUGCUGCUGCCAAGCCUUCUCUUGUAGAAUCAUAAGAGCGGCUCCAGGUCAACAGGUGCCAGGUGUCCCACUGAGCCAGCAGCAUAACCCGGGUAUGGCCGAGGGGCACUGAGUCGGCAGUGUCGGUGUUCGGGUCUCUGUGGUAGCCGGGGCUGCUGAGUCUGUGGUGCCAGCCACAAGGUUCCUUUCCGAGUGCUGCCGUAUCAGAAGGGCAGGCAGGAAGAUCACGUGUACUUCAGGUGCUACCCAGCACCACAGCGGUCAGCUCACCUUUUGGAAGGCCCCCUGCCCAGCAGGAGAGCUACAGCGGCCCGCUGGUGUCAGCACAGGCUGGUCAGGAGUCGAUGCAGGCCAGGAGGCUGUUCCGGUGUCACUUUUCAGGGCAGACAGGGGGCAGAGAUGUGAGUGUUCAUACUGUGUCAUCCCCAGCAAAAGGCGGGUGGCUGAACACUGUCUCUCAAACACAACAGUGUUUGGCAGGACCUGAUUUAAAUGAUUGUUAGUGAUGACAUGUCAACUUCACUUCAUAAGCACUGCUAAGCAGAUCAGAAGGCCCUGGGUGUGUCUCCUGGCAAACUGGGGUGACACACACCCAGUCGUGGCUGGAACCAAGCCACAGGCUCCCAGCUCGGCCAGCACGGAAAAGGAAAGGAUGCUUUGCUCUUUCUUGGAGAGGCCAGGGUCUUCAGCAUUUCCUGUGUGCUUUGGCCUGCAGUGUUUUUCAGGCUUCCCGUGCAGACUCCAACAUUGAGACCCGCACCCGGGACUCUACCGGGAGCUCUGGGACCUUUGGCCUUGUGGUGCUGCCGUAUCUUCCGAGGCUCCAGAGUUCAGAUGGCCAUUCUGGAUUCAUCCAUUUCUGUGCACCAUCCUGUGUUUGAUCCUGUAAGCUGCUUAAUAAAUCCCUGUGUUCAAGGCUC